CAACACUGAAUACGAUCAAAUCCUUUGUUUAACGUAUUGGCGGUACUUCUACGCGAGAAAUGAAUAACAGUGCAAACUGGAUAAUAGAAAAAAAUCGGUUAUUUUAUUUCAGACUCAGCUAAUGCUUCCAUUGUUAUCGACGUGUUUCAUUUAUUGUGAUCAGCAAUAUUUGCAUCCUUUUUAUCUAAAAUACGACGUUGUUGAGAAAUUUAACCUAUCAAGAUGAGCGAAAUCGGAAUUAUUACGUGCAUAUAUCUGGAAAAUUUUGUGACUUAUGAUAAGAUAACAGUGAAACCUGGAAGAUAUCUCAAUGUGAUCAUUGGACCUAAUGGUUCUGGCAAGUCCACUAUAGUCUCCGCUAUAGUUCUUGGCUUAGGAGGCAAACCCAAUAUCAUUGGGAGGGCGAUACAUGUAGGAGAAUAUGUGAAGUAUGGAAAGGAUACAGCAAAAAUAGAAAUUCAUCUGAAAAGUGAUUCUAGACAGGAUUCUAUUAUAAUGAGGACUUUUACUAAGGAAGGAAAGUCCACAUGGAUGAUUAAUGGUGUUCAAACAUCUGCAAAAGCUGUCCAAGAAUUUACAUCCAAGCUUAAUAUUCAGGUUGAUAAUCUUUGUCAGUUCUUGCCCCAAGAUAAAGUACAAGAUUUCUCAAAAAUGGAUGCUCAAGCACUAUUGGAAAAUACAGAAAGGUCUGUUGGAGAUCCAAAACUUCUUGAGUAUCAUAUAAAAUUGAAGGAGCAAAGAAACACUUUUAAGCAAUUAGAGAUUGAAAUGAACAAUACAAAACGAUUACUAGAAUCUAAAGUUCAGAAGCGUGAUGGACUACAACAAACAGUUGCAACGAUAAAGGAGAAAAAGUUAAUAAAGAAAAAGAUUGCAACAUUGAAACAAAAAAAAGCAUGGAUGCUAUAUGAUCAAGUACGGAGGAAGUUAGUAGAGUCAAAGAAAACUAGAGAUAAAGCUGUAAAAGAAAUGCAAUCAAUAGAUGCACAACUGAAUCCGUUAAAUAAAAAGGUUGAAAAACUGAAGUCUGAUAUGACAAAGUUAAAAAAUUCAUUAAAUGAUCACAACAAAAAAGUUGAGGCUAAGAAUACCAAAUCUAGAAAUUUAAUAAAUGAGAUUCUUCAGUGUGAAAAUAGGAUUAAAGAUGCCGAAAAUACCUGUUCUCGAAAGAUUCAAAUGGAACAAAAUCGAGAUCAAGAGAUUAAUCUCGCACAGCAACAAAAAAGCAAACUGGAAAAUGACUUUGCUCUUACGAUUGAAGAAUUUGGAUCAGAGGAAAGUUUAACGCAACAAUUGAAAAAUAUAGCCAUCAAUAUGGAGGAACAUAGAAAAAAAAUUAAUAAUCUUACUACUAAACAGAUAUCAUUGAAGCACGAAGAUGAAAAUAUUAGCCGUGAAAUAAGAGGUGUACAAACAGAACUCCAGGCUCUUAAUAUUGAUGUAAAACGAUUAGAACUAUUAAAACAAAGAGACAUGAACACAUAUAAAGCUGUACUAUGGUUAAAAGAUAAUCAGAACAAAUUUUCAUCAAUAAUAUACGAACCCAUGUUACUUAAUAUUAACGUAAAAGAGACUUCAUACGCCAAAUAUUUAGAAACCAUAAUACCAUUUCGAGAUUUAAUCGCAUUCACAUGCGAAGACAAACAAGAUAUGAAUUUGCUAUUGAAGUAUUUGAGGGACCAACAGAAGCUGCAGGUUAAUGUAGUACAUUCCGAUCCAAUGAAAAGAAUAUCUAUGCAACCAAAUAUACCGAUAGAGAACGUUCAGAAAUUUGGCUUCAAGCAUUAUUUAGCAGAUCUCAUUGAAGCACCACCUUCCAUAAUAAAAUAUCUGAUCUCGAUGUAUCGUUUACAUACUAUUCCUGUCGGGACUAAUGAAGUUGAGAAUAAUACAAAUUACAUACCACAAAAUUUAACUUGUUAUUUUAGUGAAAACAAUAUUUACUCCGUAAGUACGUCUAAAUAUACGAAUGAAAUGUCGACUAGAAUAUCACGGGUCCGUGGAAAUGGAAUGCUAUCUAUUAUUUUGGAUAAAUCUAAGUUACAGAAACUCCAAGAAAGAUUACAACAUUUGCAAGAAAAAAAGAAUCAAAUUGCGAUUUAUAUUAAAGAGACAGAAGCUAAAAUAAACGAGGAAACUAAAGCUUUAGACGAGUAUAGAGCCAGCAGGAAUAAAUAUCAACAAAAUAUUCAACACAUUCAAGCGUUAAAAAGUAGAAUACACAUAGCUGCAGAUAAAAUUAAGCAGAUGGAAAUGGACCGGAUGAAUAUUGAUGAUAUAAAAAAAGCGUGCACCAAAGACAUUAAGACUGUUAUAAAGAAGCAAUUAAAAAUGUAUAAAGAAUAUAAUGAGGUACUAUUAGAAUGUUUUAAUUGCAAUAUAGGCCAUGUAGAGGUCAAAUUUGCACUAGCAUUAUUGCAACAAACUUUAAUAAUCAAAGAAAACGAUGUUGAAGAGUUAAAAGAUAAAUUUAAAACGGCAGAGAAGUUAUUUAAACAACACGAUGAAGAAUUUCAGCCCUUAAAGAAAGAGGCUGAAAGAUUGUACAAUGAGGCAUUGGUACUCACAGAUAACCUUAAUCCACAAGAUGAUGCGUUUAAACCUUUCAAUAAAGCUUUUGAAAAAUUACCAGCUACUAUACCUGAAAUAAAUAAUGAAUUAAAAACUGCUCAAGCAAAAGUUUUUUGUAUGGCGAAGAACGUGGACGCCGAGGAUAUAUUGCGAGAAUAUGAAGAAAUACAAACUGCUAUUCAAAACUUAACUGAAUUUACCAAGAAAAAGAGUAACAAAAUCGAGCAAAUAACAAAGGAGAUUGAGAAAUUAAAAGAAAAGUGGCUACAACCAUUGGAGCAACUAGUUGAAAAGAUAAACUCAAAUUUUAGUUCUUACUUUUUCGCGAUGGACUGUGCUGGUGAAGUUACACUCUCACAUGGUGAAAAUGUCCUGGAUUUUGAUCAGUAUGGUCUAAAAAUAAAAGUAAAAUUCCGUGAUGCGGACGAAUUACAAGAAUUAACGAGACAUUUUCAAAGCGGUGGCGAAAGAACGGUAACCACUGCCAUUUAUAUGAUAGCGUUACAAGAAUUAUCACGCGUACCAUUCCGCUGUGUUGAUGAAAUUAAUCAGGGCAUGGACGCGGUGAAUGAGAAACGAGUUUUCGAUUUACUCGUCAAAAUGACAGGAAGACCGGGCAGCUCUCAGUACUUUCUACUUACACCGAAACUACUGCCAAAUUUAACGUAUACAGAGACAGUGACGGUACAUUGUGUAUUUAACGGAUCAGUUAAAUCGGAUGACGAAGAGUUUAUAUUUGAUAUAGAAGAAUAUUGCAACUCCCUUAAUUCUGAUUAAUAUUCACUUCAGUACUCGUAUUUUUCUUCUAUUAAUUAAUCAAAUGGUUAAUAGAAGAAAAAAAUUCAUGUUUUGUUCCUUAUGUAAAUACGAAGACGUAACGAGUUAUAGAAAUUUAUUUUAGUUUUGCUUGUUAACUACAGAAUUUAAAUACACAAAUAUUUAAUUUUAAUUUUAUAUAUAGAUAUAGCUAGAAUAUGCUCAAGCUUUAUUAUUUUUAUAAAACGUAGGGAACAAUAGGAAUUAAAGAUAUUCUAAUAAGAUAAAUAUAUUUUUGCUAGCAUUUUGUAAAUUAUGCUGAUUCUUAAUAAGUAGUAUUAAGUGUUGAUAUAAUAGCAUUAAGAUAAACCUUGACAAUUCACUUAAUAUAUGCUUUAUAUAGAUAUAUGUAUUACAUUAAAACCAUUUCUAAGAUAUUUUAAAAGUA